AUGUCAACUUUACAUUUAUUCUUGACAGCAUGCAUUCUUGUUUGUAAUUCUUUGUGUACUAAUGAUUUAUCAUUUCAAGUUCAGCCGCAACCAGUACGCAUCAAUAAUGAAGAAGAUAUCUAUGUUAUCUAUGAAGAUAAUUAUAUCGGACAAGUUUUAUAUCGAUCCGAUCGAAUUCAAUUAGAAUGUCAAUGUCAAACAUCCUCAAAUCAGAUCGAACAUCAUAUGUACUGGACAAUAAACAAUGAACUAUCUUCUCAAAACAAUAAUUCGAAUCGUAUUCUAUUAAUAAUUAAUGCAGAUAAUCUACGAGGCCCGAUAACAUAUGUAACAUGUCAUUGCAUAUUCUAUCUGCAGAAAUUUCAUGAAAUAACACGAAAUUAUCGGUAUAAACUCUACAUAGAUCUUGAAAGUGAACCGUCGUUGGAAGUAAUUAAAUAUUCUGUUGAGAAAAAUCUCAUAAAAGAACGUUUCAAUGAAUUUCUCCGCCAUCAUGUGUUUGCUAUCGUUGGCUUGGCUCUUGUCAUCAUUGGAAUAACUUGUUCACUAAUUCUUUUCAAUCGAAAUACAUUAACUUAA